ACUUUUUUUUUUUCGCUCUUCUUUUCCUUGACUAUUUUAAAUUUAACAUAUUAAUAUGGCUGCCAAAACACCUGAAGCAACAAGCGCUACACCAGCAGCUGCACCUAGAUUAUUUAACCCUCUUUCUAACACGUUCGGUUUUGAAAAAGAACAAAAGCCAUCGGGAUCUCUUUGGAAUCCACUAUUCUGGCCCCGUUGGUUCACUUACCAAAAGGGACAGCUCAAUUUACCAAACCCUGGAAGAUUCGAAAAACUUCAUGCUGAAGUGACAAAAGAGGUCUUUACUCCCAACUACCUUUUUGACGGUGCUCAAGCCAACAUCGCCAAAGAACUCUCACCCAACUUCCACGUCCAACACCAGUUCUCUUUAGGCUCUCAAGUUAUGCCACCUAUGUAUAAUUUUACCUCUGGUUAUAUGACAGAGAAAACUAUGUUGCAGGGUACCAUGGAUAACGAUUGUAACCUGAAUGGUGUUUUCAGACAAGCUUGGUCCAAUGCCGCCGUUACUAAGGUUGUAGCACAGUUCACAAAAAUGGCCGGUCAUUCCAUGCUUCAAAUUGAACAAGAAUUUAAUGGAUCUGACUAUGCUAUCAAUUUGAAAUCCAUGAACCCCAAUCCCUUAGAACGCACGGGUCUUUAUAUGGCCUCUUACUUACAAUCUGUCAGCCAGCACCUGGUUCUUGGAUCUGAGAUUGUUUUACAGCGCCCUACACCUGAUAUGGAAGAAACUGCCAUGUCAUUCGUGGGUAAAUAUACCGGUAAAGAUUACAUUGCUACAGCACAAUUCCAAGGUUUAGGAGCGAUACAAGCCAGUUAUUAUCAGCGCAUCAAUGAAAAGGUCGAUUUCGGUGUCGAAUUGAAUAUGAUGGUUCAAGGUGGUAGACGAGAAGCCGUGGCAACUGUAGGUGGCAAAUUCGACUUCAGACAAGCCACUUUCAGAGGUCAAAUUGAUACUACAGGUCGAGUCUCUGCUGUAUUGGAGGAAAAAAUGGCGCCUGGAUUCUCCUUCUUGAUUAGUGGUGAUUUGGAUCAUAUGAAGGGUCAAAGUAAAUUCGGUGUUGGUAUCAUGUUAACUGCAUAGAUGAACCGUAUAAUUGUAAUGUUUGUAAUAUAAACACCCAAAGAAUAGCAGUGAUGUUUCUUUUUUUCUUUUCAUCGAUGUAUAUCAUACACAUAAUAGCUCCUCACCCUUUCAAUUUUCCUCGUGUACAAAAUACUUUUAUAUAUAUUAAGGACAGAAUAAAGGCAAGCCAAUUUACGUUUUAGAAGAUAUACAAUUU